GUUAGUCUCGUUUGAACAUUGUAGCAGCAGAAUAAUCAGCAAUGGCAAGGCGCGCAAUUCUUCUUCCCAAAAUUAUCUCCACUGCCCCGAUCGUACUCCAAAAUCGCAGCGCCAUCAAUCUUUCCCAAUUAUUCUGCUCGGACUCUGCACCCGAUAUCCUCCAUCAAGAUGACAGCGUUCACCACCACCAGCACUCUGAAGACCAAAACCCCACCAACCUCCAACAACAAGAACGCCUUGAACAGGUUCGGAAACUUCGAAUUCUUCUUCAACAGGGCCGUACCGACACAGCCCAGAGGCUCAUCAAGUCUCUCGUUCUCUCUGAAUCGCCCUUCUCUUCACCCUCUGAUCUAUUCACUCUCUUUUCUCUGUCCGCUCCCUCUGUAAAACCCACUUUCUCAAACAUGCUUUUAGCUGUUUGUUCAAACUCCAAAAUGCCCGCCCAAGCCAUCGAAUUGUACGCUUUGAUGAAGAAAGAUGGUAUUUUUCCUUCUUUAGCUUCUCUUAAUAUGUUGCUUGAGUCCUUGGUGUCUGCGAAACAGUUUGCUAAGGCCCUUGAGUUGUUCUCGGAUAUUAUUAACUUCGGCAUUGGGCCCGAUAAGUUCACGUUUGGGAAGGCAGUUGAGGCCGCGGUCAAGUUGGGAGACUUGGAAAGAGCUACAGAUUUUAUGAAGGACAUGAAGAAGAGGCGGGUCGGUCCCAGUGUAUUUGUUUACAAUGUUAUGAUCAGCGCGUUAUGCAAGGAGAAGAGAAUAAGGGAUGCAGAGAAGCUGUUUGUCGAAAUGGGUAACAGAAGGACGUUGCCAAACUUGGUUACCUAUAAUACGCUUAUUGACGGGUAUUGCAAGGCUGGUGAACUAGAGGCAGCUUUUAAUUUGAGAGAAAGGAUGGAGGCUGAAAAUGUGGAGCUGAAUCUUGUCACUUACAAUUCACUGCUCGCUGGGCUUUGUCGGGCAGGGAAAAUGGAAGAAGCAAAGCGAGUGUUGGAAGAGAUGGAAGCACGGGGUUUUUUGUUGGAUGGUUUUACGUACAGUAUACUUUUUGACGGUCAUUUCAGGUGUGGCAAUGGUGAGGCUUCAUUGGCUUUAUUUGAGGAAGCGGCCAGGAAAGGAGUGAAGAUCAAUAACCAUACGUUUAGCACCUUGUUGAAUGGCUUAUGCAAAGAAGGAAAUGUUGAAAUGGCGGAGAAGGUUCUGAAAAAACUAAAGGACCAUGGGCUUGCUCCGGAUAAGAUAACAUAUAACAUUUUUGUGAAUGGGUAUUGUAAAAGAGGUGAUGUGAAAAGAGCCAUUCAGACCAUUGAAGAAAUGGAAAUUGAUGGAGUUAGACCCUGUAACAUCACGUUCAAUUCCUUGAUAAACAAGUUCUGUGAAAUGAGAGAGAUGGAUGAGGCAGAGAAAUGGGUAAAGAAGAUGAUAGAGAAAGAAGUUUUCCCAAAUGUGGAGACUUAUAACUCCCUUAUUAAGGGUUAUGGACAGAUGUGCCUUUUCGAUAAGUGUUUGCAAAUUCUUGAACAAAUGGAGAAUAAUGGGAUUAAGCCAAAUGCUGUGAGCUAUGGCACUCUCAUAAAUUGUUUAUGUAAGGAGAAUAAGAUCCUCGAGGCAGAAAUAAUCCUCAUGGAUAUGAUUGGCAGAGGGGUUUCACCAAAUGUACAAAUAUAUAAUAUGCUCAUUCAUGGUAAUUGUGCAGUUGGGAAACUGAAAGAUGCUUUCAGGUUCUUUGAUGAGAUGGUCAAAAAAGGGGUAACUCCAACGCUUGUAACCUACAAUGUACUCAUCCAUGGGCUUUGCAAACAGGGGAAGCUAACGGAAGCUGAAGACUUGGUUUCUCAAAUUACAAAUGGUGGCUAUACUCCUGAUGUCAUCACAUACAACUCUCUAAUUUCAGGCUAUUCUAACGCAGGAAAUACCCAAAAGUGUCUGGAUUUGUAUGAAACUAUGAAGAAAUUGGGAAUGAAACCUACUUUGAUGACAUUUUACCCUCUAAUUAGUGUAUGUAGCAAGGAAGAUAUAGUGAUUGCCGAGAGAUUGCUUGAUGAGAUGUUGCAGAUGGCUUUGGCUCCUGACCAACUUUUAUAUAAUACACUUAUACACGGCUAUGCAGAGCGGGGAGAUACUGAAAAGGCAAUUGCUCUACAGAAAAAGAUGGUUGAACAGGGAAUUAUUGUUGACAGGACGACCUAUAAUGGCUUGAUUCUGGGGCACUUUAGAGGAGGAAAGUUAUCUGAGAUAAGCAAUAUCGUUAAUGAUAUGAAGGCUAAAGGGUUGGUUCCUAACGCUGAUACCUAUAACCUACUCGUUGAGGGACAUUGCAAACAAGAGGACUUUAGUGGGGCAUAUUUUUGGUAUAGAGAAAUGUUUGAGAAGGGUUUCGAAAUUAACGAUUUCAUAGGCAAUGAGCUUACCUGUGGCCUACGACAGGAGGGUAGGUUGCUAGAAGCUCAGACUGUAUGCUCAGAAAUGAGUGUGAAAGGAAUGGAUGAUUGGAGCUCUAAUGAGGAUUUGUCUGCUGUUGCCAAAAUGUAGGAAACAAAUGUAUGUGAAGCUUUCACCCCAGUAGUUCACGAACUCAUAUUUGCGUUUGUAUUUAAAGAAAAAGUUCACAUUAUUUAAAUUUUUCUAUCCAAUAAAAAAAAAAAUCAUAAAUUACAAUGUUA